GCCGAAGAAACGGAGCCGGCCAUGCACGUAACACUUGACCAGGGUCACCGAGGCCAGUUCCGGCCGGACGGUCUUUUUUGCCUCCACCUCGCAUCAAACCGCCUCUGGGCUGUGGCCAUACCCGGCCGCCUCACCGCGCCCACUGCUCUGAGCCAAACAAAUGGCCAAUUCGGACCAGUCGAGUGGAAGUGGCUCAUUGACGCAAGCCGAGGGAGGAGUGGGAAAUGUGUCCGGCUGGCCGGUGUACGAGGACGCGAGCCAGGCGCCGGCGCGAGGGGAUCAAGUGGCCUUUCACAAUUGCCGGAGGCCAUUCUAGUCAGCAAGCCCUGUCCGCCUCGCCUGUUCUCUCCGGCCAGGCCGGCUUUUGGUCUUUCUCUUAAGCCCCAUAGUCUGUCUCGCAAUGACGACUCCACCUCCAGCCUCCUCUUCUCCAACCGUCCGUUAGCAUCACGACCGGCCAGAUCAUUCUGGCCGCCCUCUGUCUCCGGCGCGUCGUCCUACCUGAAGCAACGACAGUUUGACCCCCGCCAGAGCAAAUAG